UCCAGAUAAAACGCAUGCGCUCUGAGCUUGCUCACUGGACGACGGCGGUCGAAGGGAAAGAGCGUCGAAAAUGGCGGAGUCGUUGAGAAGGCUGGUUAACAUCGGGACGUUUUCUGUGCUUCAGGAAAAACUUGAGAAAUGGUUGAGCGACUAUUAUAUCAACUCUUGUGAUCAAAAUACUGCACGCUGCUGUGAAAUCAUUGAGCUAAAUGCUAAAGUCCAAGGACAACUGUUCAAGCUGCUCAGCCUUUGUGCCCAAGAAGGUGGCCUCUAUGGUGGAACCAACAUCAUCAAAUCACGUCUGCUUCCUUGGCUGGGCCAGAAUUUUUUCACCUCUGGUGGAGCACUGACAGCCGAUACCUCUCUGUCUGUUCUUGCUGAAGCUUCUGCAAAAGAACGUGAACUUAAUGAAAUGCAAACCAUAUAUGAAAAAUCCCUGGAUGAACUGGAAGUGGAGCUUCGAAGCACCCAGGCAGAAUGUCAGAAUCUUAAAGACGAGCUGCAGGAGACAAAGAUAGAGUUAGACCGUAGUCUACGCUCUUCCACUAGUGACAAGAUGUUUACUGAACUUGAGUUUAAUGACCUGAGACGCAAACUGGCAGAGGCAGAAGAAGAAAACAAGGCCCUUCGUGCCAAAGCAGGCUUAUUAAAUGAUUAUCAGAGUGAGGUGAGACGAUUGCGUGAAGACAUAGCUCUUUUAACUACCAGACGAGAUGUCCUGAGCAGUAUGUCGCGAAGUCCCCCCCAAAGUCCAGCAUUGUCUAUCAAAAAGACCGAACUAGCAUACAGCAAUGGGCUUCGAGAAGCUCAGGAAGAAAUAUCCCGUUUACGUAUAAGAUGUGGCCUAGUGGAUGAUUAUGAGCGCAAAAUUCAAAAUCUCAGGGAUGAACUGUAUCUAUCCUCCAGCGUCAAACCCCGCCCUGUCCUUGACACUAGUGAUGACUUCAUCAGCACCUACCGCUACAAACCUGGCCUUUCAUCUCCACUAUCUAUUGAUGACCCUGUCCAGCGCAUUCGCCAACAGAACUACAUUGCACGUUUUAAUGAUAUGUUUGCGCAAGAUCGCCUCGAUGCUAUGGACACACUUCGCCGGUUUUCUGAUGACCAUGAGAACAAUCAGAGAAUUAUCUUUGCUGCUAUAAGUGAAGCAUUCAGUGCAGCUAAAAUGGAAUUUCGCCAGUUCAAGAUGAAGACUAGAGCAAAUUUGGCAAAGACUCAUUAUGGACCUGAAACUCUAGAAGAGGCUGUGCAAGAUUACAUCAAUCGCAACACUGACCUUGUUGAUGUUCCAGGCCUAGUGUCUGAUGUGAUUCGGGCACUAAAUCGUAACCCGAAGAUCUUUUUGCCACCAGACACUACCUAUGCUAUUAUCCAACCUUUCAUCCGAGAGGCUGUCAAACUUGCCUGGCAGAUGAGUUCUUUAGCACAUCCACUGGACAUUGCUGUUGCUUCUGAUGCUGAGCUGUUUGAUGACAGCAAGUACCGUCGUAGCUAUGAUUCUGAGUACACUGCCCCCCUUGUGAACCAUCACAUCUGGCCAUGCCUCAUGCAAGGUAUACGAGUUCUUGUCAAAGGAGAAGCACAUACUCGUCGUGGGGCCUCUCUUUCCUCACCUACAAGGGGUCGUAGUCCAACAAGGUCUUUAAGCCCAGGUCUCCGUUCUUUUAGCCCAGCUCGGUCUCGAUCUGUGAGCCCUUCACGGUUUGCUCGUAGUCGCUCACCAAGCCCUCUGCGACGCUCUUUCAGCCCUCGUCGAGUCAUCUGAACACUUUGUGAACUAUAGGCAGCAACUGUGAAAUAUCAGCGCUAUGGUAAAGAAGAAAUGUUGCUAGGAGCAAUGAUUGAUGAUGUUUCCAUCCUUUUUUACUUCUUUUUUAACAUCUAAUAAUAAUCAUUUUAGUAUUGUGCAGUCUGUGCAUUAGGGCUUCUGGGAACAUAACAGCAUCAUAAUGGAGAAACAAAUCGCAAAAGCAAAAUAAACAAAAAUAACCCUAAAUUUGUGGUUUUACUGUAUUUUUAUGGUUUAAUUAUAGGUCCAGGAUCAAAAACUCGUGAGAAUUAUAAAAGUCUAAACUUUAUGUAUCAGAUAACUUUCCAUCAAUAGCUUCUGAUACAAAUGUGUACUUUUGCUUCUAAUGUUAGAGCUCAUUUUUUGACAAAUUCUCCACACAAACUGGUAAAAUUCAGGAUUUUCCUUUUGCUGUACUUGUGUGAUGUCACUACUAAGUUACCCAGGACUUGUACAAUGAUGAUUUUCUGUUUGGGUUUUCACUUUUAUUCUCCUAAUCCCUCUAUUUGCUAUUUGUCAUUAUGAUAUCAACUUGAAAUUUCCUUCCUUAUGUUGAAAAAAUGUAAAGUUUUGCUUAUUUUGAUGUCUAUGAACCUUUAUACUGCUGUUGAGCAACAAACGAGGCACGCAGAGUAUACAUUUUCAGGGAGCUGAAACAUUGGAUAGUUUAGCCCUUGCAUUCAGGAUGUGUCACAAAAGGUUUCAAAAAGUUUUCCGUCCAUGUUUCCUGAUUGUAGGGAUAGAAAGUUCAUGAGUUUUUUUCAAGACCUGAACAGCAUUUUUUGUGAUAAGUUUUUACAUUGGCAUUUUAAUGUGUGAAUUCCUUUUCUGCUGCUUUUAACUGAUGACAAUCUGUUAUUGAGGGUAUUUUCCUCUGAUUUUUCUCUUUUAGCAUCCAUAUUGUGAUAUUGGCAGUGUCUGUGAUAGUUCUUUAUACAGGUAGCUUGACACUACUUUUGAGGCUACCCUCUUUGGUUUGACCAAGGUAGUGUCUUUUGAUUUAUAUAAAACUUAAAAAAGAAAAAUUUGAAUAUUAGGUGAGCAGCUGAAGUUAGCCCAAAUGAGUUCCCAUCUGGGCUUAUUCUCUCAGUUAAAUGCUGUAAAUUUGCUGACCAUUAUUUUCAUCGUAUGUAAUAUUUUGUCACUAAAUACUAAAGGUCCUUAGAAAACACACUGAGUACUGAAAACUAGUAAUCAUGAGGCAAGCUGACACAUUUUGUUUUCCCCUUCACCGUUUGGGCUUUGCUAACAAUGUUUUUACAGUCUUUCUGGUCCAAUCAUGAGACUGCUGUAAUGCUUAUAUUUUUAUAGCAAACAAUCAUGGUAUGAAAUCGAGACUUUUGGUCCAGGCUGUGACACAGCUUGCUGCAGAAUUUAAUUAACAGAACCAUUCCUGUAGUUUGGGUGCUGUGCUUUAUCACAAGACUUGAUCAUCCUUCCUAUCUCCUGUUAGAAAUGGCUGUAAGAGUGAAAAUAUGCACACAUUCCUUCUUAUAAAUAUUAUUUCAACUUUUAUUUCUGUAUCUGUAUUAUUUCUUGUAGUAAAAGUGAUUACCACAAUUGUCUAGUAUUUUUUUUUUUCAACAUUGUUUUGAUAUAUUUACAUUUAUAUUGAAAACCAGCAUGUUUUGGUGACCAGUAGGUGAGAGAAAUUUAUUUCCCAGCUAUCAGAUUAAAAAGACUUUGCAAAAUGCUCUCAUAUUACCCUAUUUUCUGGGGUUUAAUUCACCAGUUAUUUCAGCCAACUUUAGACAUGCCUUCUGCUGGGUUUCUGAAUAACUGUCUCAUUUUAUUUCACUCAAUCUUUUUAUGUGGCUUAUACUUCCCUUUCAUUAAGUACAAAUUUGCUGUCAUUAGACUGUACUGCCACAUGAUUUUCAUUUUGGCCAGUUCUGUUAUCCCAUUUAUUUUGUUGUAUGCUGAUAGCUAGAUUUCUUUUGUGUAUUCAAUUUUAUAAUCAAUUUAAUAACCUACCUACAUUUGUUUUUAAUGGAUCAAAUAAACUGCUGUCUUUUUUUAUCAUGUA